AUGGGGCCUACUGCUGCUAAGUUCAUCGGUGCUGGUGCUGCUACUGUUGGAGUGGCAGGCUCUGGUGCUGGUAUUGGGACGGUAUUCGGCAGCUUGAUCAUUGGUUAUGCCAGGAACCCUUCCCUGAAACAACAGCUUUUCUCUUAUGCCAUCUUGGGAUUUGCCCUGUCUGAAGCUAUGGGUCUCUUCUGUCUGAUGGUUGCCUUCCUGAUCCUGUUUGCCAUGUAAAUUCCUGUGGGAGAAUCCGGAAGAUGGCUGGGGAAGAGUAAAUUAUUGUAGUGUGUGGCUUUGGCCUCUGUCACCACGAAGUAUUGAAAUAGGAUUAUUUUUUCAAUCCAAUUGUGUAAGAUCUCUUCUGAUUUAAUAGCGCAGGAGUCACUGAAUAAAAUGGUUAAACAAGAAAUAAAA